UUUUCGGACGGACGCUCGGCAGCCGACGAGGAUCGCCUUCAAGAGCCCGCCACGAAAACCCGAGCGACAUGGCGGCCCUGGGACGGACGAGUGCACUUGUGGCGGCUGCCCUGUUCCUGUGCCUGGCCGCUGCGGGCUCCGAGACGCCGGAAGCCAGCGACCGUCAGCACCGUGGGGGCUUCCAGAAGCUACGACUGUCCACGGCCCGCGGGUUCGGCAAACGGAUUCCGCCCGGUCUGGCCUUCCUCCGCCAGCGGAACCAGGAACCCGCGGACCCCAUAAUCAAGAAGGGGUUCCGCAAGAUGAAGAUCUCAACUGCCCGGGGUUUCGGGAAACGAGAAGAUCCCGAUCUCUCUUUCUUGCUGGAGAAUGAAGACAUCGACCCCGUCGACCUGAAGGAGAAGCGAGGAAUUCGGCGGCUGAGCCUGUCAACUGCUCGGGGCUUUGGCAAGAGAAUGAGUCCAGGCUUCUCCGAUGACCAAGGACCUUCUGAUGCUGGCCAAUCUGGCAGCGGGUGGUUAGCGGAGGAAAUAGCCAAAGUUGCCGACAUCAGCGAUGAUGGACUAGCUUACCAAGACAGUUUCUAGCAAGCGCAAUAGCACACAAUGUAGAGCUGAACGAGUAGCAGGCUCCUAUUCUCUACCAUUGUUUCGUAGCCACAGGGUCAAUCAUUGUAUAUAAAAAGCAGCACCACCAAGCAAUGAGACUCCUCGUUUGUUACGACCGCAGGCUACGGCGUGAUGCAGCUACGAGGUAUUACCAUUCGCACGCACAUUCUCAAUCUCUGUAUCUGAAAAUAAAAUCAAUUUAUUGCUUAC